GCGUGUGUAUGCUUGGACUGACUACAUGUGAUUGUUGUGUUUAGAAAGCAGAUGUGUGUGUUUUUCUUUUAAUCCCCUUUGGUCCGUGUUGGGUUUUCUCUCUGAACUGGCAUUGGUGUUGCCAUGGAGAUCGCUGUCGGCAUUACUAGGGCAAUGCUCUUUGAAUACUGAAGUUCUGUUCUCCGGGGGCUACAGGCAGAUGUCAGUUUAACUCUGUGUAUCCAUAAGAACCGACUCAUGCAGAAACACAUUAAAAUAUGAGAAUGAAGACCUCUGAGAGUCUUUUCUUCCUCCAAAGUUUCAACCCUGACGGCAAAUCUAAAUAAUAAAUGACUGUAUAUAAUACUUAAGGAUUGGUAGAUGUUUUAAACACUUAUCCUGUUUCUCCUGAUAGACCCCUUCACUCCAGCAACUGUUACUGUUGAUACCUCCAUUCAGUUGGAUCUGUUCUCCAUGCAGCCAGUGGAGGACAGUAGUAAUUCCUUCUUUUGCUCAGUGUCUCCCCCUAAUGGUUUCACAUCUGCUGCCAUCACCACCAAAACCACCAGCACUGCAGUCCCCACUGUGUCCCCAGCCCCAACGAUAGACCUGUUUGCUGGUUUUUUUGAUCCCAUGCCAGAUUCAUCUGUUCCCAAAACAGACCCAAAUCCCACUCUAGACUUGUUUUCAGCAGAUGUGUUUCAUCCACCUGCCCCUGCUCUAUCUGCCCCUGUGAGCUGGCCAAACAAUGGGGCAAAUGUGGACCUGUUUGGGGGUUGGUAACUACCCCACCUUGUAUGAUGUUGUGAAGUGGAGGUUUGAUUUGCUGCUGUGGGUUGUGUUGUGAAAUAAAGCUUUCAGAUGAAGAAUGGACAUCAUAUGGAGGUUGUGUAGUAUGUGUGGAUUGAUAAUGAGAUUAUUGAGUCCUAUUACCUGACACAAACAAAUGUAAAAGCGUAUGUUUGUGUGAAUUAUUGUGUGAAAUCUGAAUAUAAUUUUGCAAUCAUGCAAACUCUCUCUCUCUCACUCUCUUUCUCUCUCUCUCUCUCUCUCUCUCUC